UUCAGGUUCAGUUCAUCGCUCGACGUCGUGGUGGUAGCACUGUGUUGGCUUUGUGCUGGCUUCCUCUUGCGUUCACAUAAACAUACAACAUACAUGCAUAUAUUUGUAUUCUAUGCUAUCCCACAUAGCUUUUUUGACAGUGCGUGGUGUUAUAAAUAAAAAAAAGUUUUGUUUUUGCUACCUAUCAUUUACGUAAACAGUUUUCUUGAAAAGUGUGCUACAGUAUAACCAGUGUAUCAUUUUAGUAUCAAUGUUUUCCGUAAAGUGAAUUGAAAUACGAAUCUCGUGAAUAACCUAGGCAUUUAUCGAUCAUCCAAGUGCAUUUUCUCGACGUUCGUGUAGCCCUGAUGGAAAUAUAAAUACCGAGGAGAGGGUAACAUCAAAGUUACUGAUGCAAUUCAUUCCAACCCGCUUGCUGAAUUUGCUCAUUGCUACCAAAGGAAGUGAUUUGUGCUAGUCCGAUUGUGUACCAAUUUACUUGGGGAGUAUACGAGAAGGCACAAUAGGAGAUAACCGCGAAGAAGACUGACCGGAUCAUCACAAUGCAAGAUGUCGUCACUGCUCGGCAUGGUGCAUCGUACCACAACAGUUCCAAAGCGUAUAGCAACGGAAACAUCACUAAUGGAGGAAGCCCCACAGCACAGCAUCACUAUCAACAUUACCGCACGUCACCGACGUCAUCGAUGCCUUCAUCACCCUGCAAAAAAGCGCCACUUUCCUCGUCUCAAAUUUUCCACGCCAAUGGCACUGGUACCAGUGCUUGUAAUGGCGAAUUUAAACUUUGCGGCUACGAUGGAAGUGAAGAGUUCGGUUGUGGUACCACCAAUUCAUCCAGCGGUACGACACCAGCGGAAAUAUUUGGAAUACUGGGCUUCUGGUUGAAGCUGCGUCACGAUCUAACUUCCGUUCCUUGGGAGCAACUAAGAGCGGUGAAAAUGAAAAACGCCCGAGCUGCUCCCGGAUGUGCGUACAUUCCGACCGAGGUUGAACACAUCGCUAACGUUCUCACACACGGUUUCUGGGUGCUUCCUUCGGUAUAUGCAGCCGUUAAUCUACUCUACCGCAGCAACACAUCGGCCCAGGUGCUGGCGGCGGUUAUCUAUGGAGCUGCCUUGUCGAUGCUCUUUUUCGUGUCAACAUUCUUCCACUGCGUGUUCUACUGCAAUCGAAAUCGGCCCCUGAAGGAUGUCCUACAUAGGUGCGACAGGGCUAUGAUUUACGUCUUUAUCGCCGGAUCGUACUAUCCAUGGCUCAGCUUGGGUCACAGCACCCAUCCGGAGAUAGUGUCGGUGAUAAAAUGGUCUGUUUGGGUGCUGGCCGUUCUGGGCAUUGUCUAUCAACAGAUGUUUCACGAACGCUACAAGUGCCUGGAAACGUUUUUCUAUCUGGUCAUUGGACUGGGACCAUCACUGGCGAUUAUUUUCUGGGGACAUGAAUUUACUGGAAUGGCCGAACUGAAAUUUGGUGGCCUGCUGUACAUUAUUGGAAUUGUGUUUUUCAAAUCGGAUGGGUUGUUCCCAUUCGCACACGCAGUUUGGCAUUUGUUCGUAGUUUUGGCUGCUGGAGUGCACUACUUUGCCAUACUGACCUAUCUGUAUCCGGUAGAGGUGAUAGAUAACACUUAGAAAUAAGGAUAGCGCACCACAGCUAGGGGAUGCUCAACUAUCGAAACCGUGAUAUUAUAGUCGACCAACGGAUGUUUAGGAAAAGAUUUAGCUGAGGACAGUAGGAACAACAACGAAUCUGCGGAUCCAUCAGUAUAUUGAGACAUUUCGCAACUUUUUUUUUUUGCGCAAACGCUUUGUUGUUUGGUUAUUUAAGAAUAUUUUCGCUAAGUAGUAUAAAAGUAUUGGUUCUAGGGAUCCUAUUUCAUUCUGCAUGUGCAUCUGAUAUAUGAGAAAAAGUAUAAUCUAGAACUCGUGUCGAUUCAAACCUUAGGUGUUCAAAACUUUGUUUCUAUAUCGUGCUGUUUUCCUACUCAUCACAUAAUUCGUUUAGUAAUAUUUCGUAGUCACAAACAUGAGCAAAUCCAUUACCAAAAAAAACACCAUAACUUUCAUAACCUGCCCGCCGGUGCAACUCGAAUAUUUUUCGCCAAGUAGAAGCAAGCAGUAGUUUAUUGUGAUACAACUUUUCUUUAAGAGAAACUUUAAAGUACAUAUUUAGUUAUUUAGUAUCGAUAAGUAUGAUAAGUAUUCAACAGAAUGAAAUAGAGCGUUCAGAAUAUUUAGGAAUUGAAUGCGUCCCACAACACAGUUCAAGCAACUACCAAUUUAAAGAAAAAUACUCAUUUACAGCAUACAUUAGUGACUACUCGAUGUUAUACUCAUGCGACUAGCGGGAUACUCUUGCGAACCGACGCGUAUUAGUGUAGAAAACAGCAUGCAAAUCUAUCAGGCAUAACAAAAGAAACUAAACCACCUAAACUAUUAAACAAUGAAUGUUUUUAGCGACUUUCUUUUCGUACAACAGAAAUUUACUAUCUAGUGAGAAUUCCAAAAUCAUUGUCGACGUUGUCCAGCAUAUGAUGUAGCUAUGAAUGUUAUCAACGUAUUUAAUUCCACCGUUUUUGGUUUUAGACGGAUAUAUACACAUAUGUAAUCGAGAGUAAAUGCAGCAACGGUAGUUCAAGGUUGAUUGCUGUAGCAUGGUUCAAUUAGGAAUAGUUAGAUAAUAUAAGAAAAAAAAUCAGUAGCUGCAUUUGCCAUAUUUUGAUGAAAACAAAUGAUCGCAUGGCAUGAUAUGUGAGGAAAAUGAAGGUAACGGGAGUUCUGUAUAUAAAAGGAUAGGGAUAUUAAAUAGAAACCAAAGGUUUAUCGCAAGAAUGAAAUAAAAAUUGUCAUUACAGAGGUCAUAGCAUUAGAAUGGUGUGAUAUUGACAGGAAAGCUUAAAAAAUGUGAGUAAACUGUAAUGAAGCCAGGAGACUUUACAUUAGUAGAGACUAUGAGUACCAAACUAGAAAUCGGAUCAGUAGACAGAAUUACUGGUGAAUAAACAUCCAAACCAAUUGCAAUACAACAAAAUCUUGAUGAAUAGGUCAUACAGACUGAAUGUUAUAACUUAAUCGAUUUGUAUACCAUAAUGUUGGGAGAAGUGAGAUUAACCGUGAAUAAUAUAAAUUUGACGAAUUUCAUGCCAACUUGUUAUAGGAGUUGGCAGCACCAUCUUUGAUAUCAGUGGAAAAUUGUGGGUGUAGAAGCAUUGAUCAUUUAACCUUUCAUAAUCCAGUGGAAUCUAUAUUGUCACCCACAAAAAUUUUUUUCGCUGCGCUUGUAUUAUUGUUUCGUUAUUUUGUUUAACCAAAGACUUCUAAAGUUAUCUGGCAAUACUUUAUCUUUUAGGAAUUGCUAAGAAUGUACGAUAUUAAUUUUGGAGAUAAAUGAAUCGUUAGAUUUAAAGUCUCCGUAAACAAAGGAAAAGAAGAAUAAUAUUAAUUUGGGAGUCAUUUACAUAAAACAAACCGCGAUUUUGGAGCUCCAACAGAAAAUUUUGUAAAUUCGUUGAAACUGCAACAAGUUGAUAAGUUUUUCACCGGAAACCUUCUAUUUAGGAUCUACUGUAUAAGAUAAUGCAGUUUUUCCAAUAAAAUUAAUGGUGUAUUCGAUCAAAAAUUCAAAUCAGAAUUUCAGUUUUUCCUCUGUAAGGUUGUAUUGCUUGGAAAUAUCUGUUUCAUAUCAAUCUUUUCAACUGAGUUUCCGACCACAUUCGUCCAUUAUACCAUUGCAUUCGGGAUACCGAAAAUGAACCAACGCCAAACCUCACAAUCACAGCAAGCCACUCACAGUUUAUUCAUCCAGUUUCGUUCUGCUCUGCGUUCACGGAAUGUGAUCAAAAGGAAACAUCCCUGGUUUUGUCAUUCAUUGAUAUUAAUAUACCAGUUCAUUCACUAUCAGCAUUGUUCUCGGACACAGACGAAACGGAAAAAUUCGUUGAGGAAGAUAACAAAGUACAGAAUGCUCAUAAUAGUGACAAGAAAUUAAAUUGCCAGACACUUGCCAGAAAUGCUUCAAAAGACUCCAAUUCCGAUGUAAAAAAUACCGUCCUGACUCCAAUUUCGAACAUUUAAUUUUUUACUCAAAUUCCGAACACACGAACAUAAAAUGGUGGUGUCCAAGACACGACCGCAAUGGAAAUAUAUUGAGCUUCCUUUUGCAAACGGAUCAAACUGUGCUAUAGGAUCAGCUGAUGCAAUUGUAAACAUCCAGCUUUGGCUGACGAUGUUUGCAUUCGUCGUCCAAGCCUAUGCAAUCCUUAGCUGUGUGUCUGCGUGCAGAUCUUGCUCUUCUGUUGGUAUUUCCGCUUGCGCCACCGAUUUGUGUUGCCCUUUCGGAGUAACUUCAAAAAUAACUAAAUGAGCAAGGCACUGACUCAAUGAGAAAAUCAUACACUUAUCGGGAUAUUGAAAAUGAACAAUCUCAACAUUCCUGACAAUUCAAUGGUAAUGAAUAAAUGUGAAUGAAUUCUCAUGAUGCGUGCUUUAAGGAAAGCUCAGAUAGCACAGAAUGAAUAUGAAUGAACACAGUUGUAAAUUUGUUUGACGUCGAAUGAUUGACAGCAGCAUCGACAAGCAAAAUAAACGCGUUACACUGAUAAAAAUAUAUUUUCAAUAUUACUUAUAAAGCUCAAUAUUUCCAAGCCCUGAUUGCACCCACAAAAAAUAUAUUAGGUUGGGGAAAAAGUGAUCCAUUUUUUUCUCAUUAGCUGGCUUUAGUGAUCAAUAUCUCGCGCAAUGUCGACAUUUCAAACUAAAAAAAAACCUUUGUUGUUUUUUGUUUGUUCCAUUCGGUUGUGAGUUACAGGGUAUUAACAAUGGAGGUCAACAAAGAGAAUAUUCGGUACAUUUACACUUUUACACUGAAAUUGAGAAUGGUGUUUAUGGUGCCGAUACUGCAACAGUAAAAUACGUGCAGUUCAAUUACUUUAUUCAAUUGUUUAAAUUUUCUUCAUCUUAAAAAAAUAUUUUUAUAGUGCAAAACACUAAAUUAAGAUCUCUAUUGUCAACAAAUGGACCGUUUGAAGCUAGCGAUUGACCAGAAACGUCCAGAAUUGACCAACAGAAAAGGUGUUGUGUUCCAUCAGGACAACGCAAGGCCACUCAAUUCCGAGAGCUUGAUUGGGAUGUUUUUAUGCAUCCACUAUAUAGUGCGGACCUGGCAUCAAGCGAUUACCACCUUUUAAUGCAAAAUUUUCAUAGUGAUAAAAAAAUUGGAUCAAGAGAAGAAUUGAAAAAUCUAUUGCUAGAGUUUUUCGUCAAUAAGGACCAACACCUCUAUGAUAGAGACAUUAUGAAGCUUCCUUUUAAAUGGCAACAAAUUUUACAACAAAACGGUGCACAUUUGACCCAAAUCUGACAAUCCGAAGUAUAUGAAAAAUAGUUUUGAAUUUCACCCAAAAAUAAUGGAUUAUUUUUUCCUCAGCCAAAUAUUUACGUUGCACUAAAAAUAUUGUUUUAAUUUUCGCAUAAUCAAAGGCGCAGAAAGUGGGCUUGCAAGGCAGCGGCAAACGGUGUUUUUGGGGUUAACAGUGGCAACUAUAUUACCACCAAUUUUUUCAACUGUUCAUUUUUUAUCAAGGUUAAAUAUCUGUUCUUUCUCAUGUAAGGAUUAUGUUUUACUGAAGUUUGAGUCAAUUCCUCGCUUAGUUUCCACGGCCUUAUAGAAGGUUAGGUAAAUUUCCAUAUUUGAAUCCUUAAAAAAAUAAGACUUCUUUUUACUUUUUGAAAUGGGUCGAAGUUUUUUUUCUUAAGAUUUAACAAAAAAAUAUAAAUGAAUUACUUUAAACCCACAAAAUCCUGGUCAAGGGAUGGGAUGUAAGAAAUUGUUUACGUUUUCAUAAAAAAUACCAAAAUUUUCUUUUAAAUUAGAUUACAAAUUAAUAUCUUUAAAAUUGAAAUUCAUUUUUCUCAACUUUUUUUCAAAUUCUCAAAAAAAUAUAUGAAUUUAAUUUCAUUAUAAUUUCCAACAAGUCGCCCAUACAUCGGAAGAUGGUCACUAUUACAGGGAAACAGUUUUUCUAACAACAACUUUUUCAUGUUUUCUUUGAAAAAAAUAACGACUAAUUUUGAUCAGAGACAAGAUAGUGAUCUAGUUUACUGCACAAAUAUGAAUGGUUGACGUAAGCGCCUUAUUUCUUCUGAUAACUUAUGUUGUUAACUUAUGUGCAUACUUGUAAUAAUAUAUCUUUUCGAAAAAUUGGUGACCAAGUACUGUUAGUUAUGCCUAAUUAUAUAAAUUUCAGGCAAUAUCGUUCAUCGCCCUGUCAGUCGCUAUAUUUGUUGUUUUCGUUAGCAAAGUGGCUAACAACAAUGUCUACAGUUGCUAUCAAUUUACAAAACGUAAACAAUUGACAAUCAUGAAAACUGAACGAUACAGGUACACUGCUCUGAUUUAUUAGUAUGUUCACAUCUUUUCAUUGCAUCUUCGAUAAGUUAUCACCAAAAUAAACAUGACUGAAACAAGGAUAUCCAUAUUUCUACUUGUUUCUUAUUCCACCCAACAGAUUUCAUUUGCUAUAUCGCGAUGAAUAAUGGCCGAAAAUAGUAGACGCUGUGGAAAUGGUGAGAACAGAUGUCCCGUUCGAAGGGCGGCUAAAUUGUAUGGAAUUUCGUAUUCAGCGCUGCGCGAGAAGGUCUUAGGAAUAUAUUCCAGACCAGGGCUUGCAAAAGCAACCGCUUUCGAUGCCACAGAAGAAGGACAAAUAGCUGAAUGGCUGCUAGCCAAAGCAAAAGCCGGAUUCCUCCUGGAUACAAAGAGAUUGAUGUACAGCGUGGCAUGAUAUAGGAUUGGAGAAAAAGAAAUGUCGUAUUUCUGAUCGAAAUUUGACGCUUUAUUUAACAUACUUGAAAUUAUCCAAUUUAAGUCAAAUAUGCGCCGUUUGUUCGCAAACUUGUUGCCAUUUAGAAGGCAACUUCAUUAUCCCGCUCCUUAUAAAACCCCCCUCCUUGUUUACAAAAAACUCAGACAGUCAGUUUUCGCAAACCUCUUUUGAGGCCAACUUAGUAUCACCAAGAGCGUUUUGCAUGGACCGGAAGAGAUGAUAAGCACUUGGAACCAGGUCCGGACUAUACGGUGGGUGCAAUAGGACAUCCCAUCCGAGCUCCCGUAGCUUUUGGCGGGUCAUCAAAGAUGUGUGAGGCCGAGCGUUGUCUUGGUGGAAAACAACACCAUUCCUAUUGAUCAUUUCUGGCCGCUUCUGGUCAAUCGCCUGCUUCAAACGGUCAAGCUGUUCACAGUAGAGAACCGAGUUGAGGGUCUGGCCAUAGUUGAGCAGCUCAUAGUAGAUGAUUCCCUUCCAAUCCCACCAAAAACACAGCAAAACCUCCCUGCCGUCAAUCCGGGCUUGGCAACGGUUUGGGCCGGCUCACCGCGCUUCGACCACGACUUUUUUCGCUUUAGGUUGUCGUACGUGAUUCCAGUUUCAUGCGUCAACUCGUGUGGCACCCAUACAUCCAGCUUUUUUGGAAUCCAAUCUUCUGCAAAUGGUCCCAAACGGUUUUAUGGUCUAUACCAUGCUCCUGGCCAAUCGAGCGAGUGCUCACAUGCCGGUCUACUUGGAUGAUUUCAACGAUUUUAUCGGUUUCCACGACGAUUGGCCUACCAGUACGGGGUGUAUCUUUGACAGCCACUACACCAGAACGAAAUCGAUCAAACCAACGUUGUGCUGUGCGAAUCGUUACAGUAUCGGGUCCAUAAACUACACGAAUUUUUUCGGCCGCCUUCGUAGCAGUUUUACCUCGCAGGUAGUAAAAACGUAAAAUAUGGUGAAUUUCUUGCUUCGUGGACUCCAUCUUUGACGCGCUAUAACGUGAGACUGAAAAGGACAACACAACACUGUCAAAACGACAGUUGUAGCACAGAUUUUCGUCUUUAAAUAGCCGUAUAGUACGACCCGAUGCGAUGAGUACAACACAAGAUAUGUUUAAGUGUUGCCAUAUAUUGACAAUAUACGAUAUUUUUUUUCCCUCAACCCAAUAUGUGCGAAAAUCAGCUCGAUCCAAUCCAUUCAAAAACGGAAUAUCGGGUCGUAAAUGGAUCAAUGGGUUCAUUAAACGGCAUCCAGGAAUAUUGAAAUGGAUGCCAAGCGUUUUGCUGUGCAACAAAUCGGGAACUGGUUUCACGAAAUCCGUGAGUAUGUAGAAGAAGAAGCACUGUCCAAUGAAUUUAAAUUUCCGGAACAGAUAUUCAAUUUGGACAAAACAGCGGAACGGAGGAAGUGGUUUUAGCUGGUUCCGGCCAAAAAUACGUCCAUGCAAAGGUUGGUGACACCGAAUCCUGGUUUGUCUUCCACCGAAUUCCGCUCAAAUUACUCAUCCGCUGAACGUCAGCAUUUUCCGACCACUUAAAAAUGAUUGGAAUCAAGUUUUGGUAGAAUGGAGAAUCAACAAUAACGGUGAAAUACUUCUGAGGAAUGAAAUUACACCUCUUUUAAAACAAGCUGUGGAUAGAAUGACGAACCAACGGUUUCCGACGAUGUGGUUUGUAUCCGUUAGAUCCUGAUGCAUUUAAUUACUCAGGUCUUAUUGGGAAAUCCAGUGAAGCAUCUUCAUCACAAGCUGUGUUGCCAAUAAAUAAACGACCUAUUACUACUGUAAUCUAUUCGAUUAUUGAUUUCAGCUCAUUUAACUAGUUUAGAACAUAUAACAUUGUCAAAUCUACUAUUUAAAACGAUUCAAUGUUAUAACAAUUUGAUUAUUGGAAUUAGGAACACUAAUUAACAGAAUUAGGAAAAAUGAUGUUUUCAACGGUUGACGUAUUAAAAAAAAAAAAGGAUCAAAAGGUGCCAAAUGUUUUCCAUCAUUAUAGGUAGUAUGAUUGUAGCAACGCUCUCAUCCGUAUAUUUAUCAGUAGUGGAAAAAAAUUCCAAGCAAGUAGCACAUUUAAGAACAUUAUAUAUGUGCAAGCAGUAAUUUUUAGAGUUCACAAACGUUAAAUAUUGUCUUAGCUGAGCGGUAUAUGGGUACAUCACGCUAUGUUUGUGCAAGAACAUUUGAGAAUCGUUCAAAAAACCAUUUUGACGUAACAGCCAUUUCUACGCAAUAAUGCCGUCGCUCUAAACAUGUAGCCAAUCGUUUCAAAGGGUUCGGAGUAUAUAUAUAUAUAUAUAUAUAUAUAUAUAUAUAUAUAUAUAUAUAUCUUCUCAGGUUUCCCAAACAUAAUUCGUGCGACGUGCGAUAAAUAAUAAAAUACACAAAUUUCUUUCAGUUAUCUUUUAAGAUUUCCAAAGGUAAUUCUCCACCGUUUUGAUAUGAUUUCGAUAAAAAGGACAUGCGAUAAAUAUUUUAAAAAAAGUUGGUCCAAAUCAUUUUACAGGUUUUCCUUCUCAGGAUACCUAAAUAUAAUUUCUGCCGCGUAUCGUAACACGUGAUUUUCGGAUUUCCGUUUCGUGAAGCGGUCGAUAGUUCGCGAUUACAUAAUCACAUCAUUACCUCAGUGAAUCCUGAUUCUUUCCUCCCCCCCACUAACAACUAUCCCUUCCAUGAUAUUCGCUAGGGAACCACGCUAUAGAGUUGACCCUUCGGGCCUUCGGGUGGCGUAUAUCAUGCUAACAUUCUUUCUCUUUCCCUGGUGACUGUAAGGACGUGGCCGGCGUCGUUAUUGACUAUUUGAAGCUCGAAUCACCGAAACUUGCACUAUGAGGAUGAUUCGCUACUACCAAGCGUUAUUCUGUGUGUUCUUUGUGCAAUUUCGCUGGUUCAGAUCAAUCACGGAGAGCAACUACGAAAUGUACAGUCUCAAGCUCAAGCUCAAAGUCGCUGAAAAAUUUGUAUGUAGCGAAGGCAAAAUAUUUAGCAAAAGAAGCAAUCUUGCUCAACUGGUGCCAAACUUAUUCCCCGCUUUCUUUGCCCUAUCGAUAAUACAUUGUUUAACACUAAUUAUCACUCUUCUCCCCCUUCGUGUGUGAUUUAAUUUGUAUACCAUUUCCAAAAGACAAAAUAUCUUUCGUUUCCAAUCAAUCUACAUAAUGUUGCGCUCGCUCUUCCUUCCUCACAACCAGUGUUGCCUUAUUUUAAUCUGUAUCAGAAGGGUUAAAAAUCUUGCUCAUCUGUACUUUUUCUUCCAAAUAUCUGUACCAAAAAUCUGUACCAUCUAAAAUAUUCGUUGUAAAAAAAUAUAUAAUUAGAAUGAAAAAAGUACUCAUUUAUUUAUUACAAAUACUACAUUUACAUUUGCAAGUCAUUAGUGUGUUUGAUGAUGCUUAAACAUGGCUACUAUGUUUAAUCAAAUCUUUUGUUCUCAAAAUAGCGUUCAUCGUAUCGUUGCUGAGCCGAUUUCGAUUCUUAUUUUUGUUCUGAUUAUAUUCAGAAAAAAAAUUUCAGAGGAGUGAGGCGUAGUGAGAAAGUUACAAACAAGGUAUCGAUGCGCCGAAAAUGUGACCGUCAAUUAUUUUUAAAUAUUCAAUUUCACACGCGAAAAAAUCUGUUCCAAUCUGUACUUUUUGACGAAAAUCUGUAUUCUGUACCGUACACAAUGUACGUUUUUUUAUGUACGUGUGGCAACAUUGCUCCCAACACCCACUUCCCAUUGAGAAAUUGUUGAAUAAACAUCUUUUUCCGACGAGCGUUGAGCGGAAACGACCUGAAUCCCUUAAGAUUCAUUGUACUCCUAAUAAAUUGCCGAAAUACGUAAUCUUACGUUGAUCGCACUUGAUUGAAAAAUUUAAAAAAAAUGUAUUUCUUCGCAGUAAUAUAUCAUAAAUGGAAAACAAAUAAACUUUUUCGCUUCAAAGAAAUUCAAUGCUCUAAGGAGCAGUGCUGAAAAUAUUCACGUUCACGACAUUCAAAUUCAGCGAAUUGCUGCCUUCCUUGUAUUGAUAACCUACUGCUAAAGCGAGAGUCGAUAAAUAUGAAACAACACUGUCAAUGAACCCCCAGUGGAACGAACAUCAACAUCAGCUUGCCAUGAAGUUCAUUUUUCAUUCGCACCUUCCUUUUCGUCAUGGUAUUCGUAAGGUCGAAAAAGAAGAUCAUUGCGUGUUAGUGAAAAUCAAAGCAUAAAAUUCAACGUCACCAAUUGAGAGUAAAAUCGAUUAAUGGUAAAGGAUGGCAAUCCAUCACACAAAAUUCUUGUUUUUGGCGAGUUCGGCAAUAGAAUGUAUAGAAUAACUCUUGCUACGUUUUAUGAAUCUACUCACGAUUGCCCGGAAAUGACAUACACCACCAUUUAUAUGUACAAUGGGUGGUUUUCAAUAAAAAUUCACUGCAAGCGAUGAAGAUCAACUUAACGUUCGUGAUAAUCACCUGAAAUUAUUGACAGUAAUGGAAGUGCCUGAAUGCAGACUUUUCGAAAUUCGUUCAUGCUGUUUUCGAUCAAUAUACCAGACAAAGCUCAUGCGUCCCGACUCUUGUGUUAUACUCAUUAUGACAGAUAUGGUGUUGAGUUUCAACAGAAGAGAAUUCAUCCGAUACUGGGAAAAAUCUAAUUCCUUCAUUCGUGAAUAAAUUUUGAUAAUUUGUGGCACUGCUAAGGAGAACUGGAUUUGAUUUGCUGAAAACAAAAUCCCUCGUACUGUGUUGUGCUCAGAACCACUCUGCUGCUUUCUGUGGCAUUGUUGAUUUCGGCUUCUGUGCAACGGUUUUCGAAGGUUUAGUUUGUUUUUUCUUUGCUAAAGCUGUACCGGCAGUUGCAGGAAUUUUUUUUCUUGCUGCUCACCUUCGUCACAGUAGUAACUUUGAGCCUUUCGGCAUCGGUAGCUGUUUUCUUCUCAUCGGUAGCAGCGAUGACUUCGAUUCGGUUUUUUCUUGGCGGCUGUUUCCUCGCUCGACGCCGGCCGGAAUACAAAAAAAAACAAAAAUUUGACUCGGUGAGAUUGUAUCGACUCCUCAAUUCGAUUUACAUAAUAGGGUUCGUUGUUAAAAAAAACGUUUUUUUCUGUAAAAGUGUCCAUAUAAGUGUGUUGUUUAUACGCUAUAUAUAUAUUGUUUGGACUAUACUAUGAUAAUUUUAAAAACAUUUUUAAGAAAAAUGAAUUUAAAUUUUCAAAGUACAGUAAUUUACAUUUAAUGCGACAUUUAGCUUAUUGGAUAGAUUUGUAAUGCGACACGUUUAAUUGGACAUUUUACAUCCAAUUGGACAUGUUUACCUCUUAUUGGCCAUUUUUGUAAACAUCGAGUUCGGGGCCCAAAUUAUGGCUCCAUAUUGAAAGUCGUCACCAGACGUCGACACUGUACCACUCUCAUCGCCAAUGUCCAAUUACAGGUCAAAAUCUCCUCCAAUGCGACACUGAGUGGCACCUCGGCAUGUCGCAUUAAAUGUAAAUUUUUGUAUGUGUUCAGUAUAUUUUUUUAAAUAUUUUUUUUAUUGUUUUUUUAUAAACAUUUGAACAUUUUCUUACAGUUCAUCCUUUGAUUAGAAUUAUGUAAGUAUUGUAGUUUUUAAGUUAUUUUUUUUUGUAAAAAAAUAAAGCAACCAUUUUUUUUAAUUACAAGUAUGCGAAGCUGCUUGAAUGAUCAAUGUCAUUAGACCCACAUUUCACUGCAAUCUGAGAUGGUGCUGCCAAUAGUCAGUGGAGUUGGCAUAAAAUUCAUCAUUUACAUUACUUUUUUUCUGUUCUUAUUGUGUCCAUCAUAUAAUUUUCAUUGCGUCUUCGAGAAAACAUAUGAAAAAGUGUACUGUUAUUAGUGUAAAUUAUUGAAUUUCGUUGAUUCAUUCCUCAACAUGCUCUUCCAGUGUGUUGAAAGUUAUACCAUUGCUGUCGUAUACCUAAAACCAUGACCUUACUCAUGAACAUAAGCAGAAUAACAAUAUUCAAGAAGCCAAAUUAUCAGUAUAGCAUAUAGUUUCACACCAAUGAAUCCCUUUUCGGUAUAUAAUGGUAUAUUCAGACUAUUUAGAGAUGUAUUACAUGACAACGGGAUGUAGACCUGAGUUGAAACUAUAACCACAUGAAUAUUUUUAUUGAGUCACAAAUGGCCGUAGCAGGUUACGGUAAUUAUAAUAAAAUUGAACAAAACAUAGAACUAUAUUUCCGGCCUGAAAGAAAUCCUUGUAACAGAGUCACGCAAUCUUAUUGUCAGUAGACUGGAGCGUUCAUUAUGUCAUGCAAACGUCUAGUCUGUCGAUCUGGUAGACGGAAGAAUUUGUCUAAAACAUAUUCAAUUUCCUUUCUCGUGUGCAGCGGAGGCCACAGUGUCGU